AGCUUUAUUGCUCAAACAGAUGCUGCAAUAGCCCAGGCCAACGACUUGAUAUGAGAGAGCAUGUUUGCUUUUGUUCUCUUUCGUGUCCUUCUUCCCUUGCAGCCCGUAUUUGCGGCCCGGAAGGUUUGCGGCCAUGGUCCGCAUGGUCGUUUUUCUGCGGCUCCUGCCUGUCGCUGUGGUGGCCUUGUACAACACAGCCUUCGUUGGCACAGAAAAACAGCGACGCACGGUGCGCCGAGCCGAAGGCACACAUGUCGAUCUCGAUGAAGUCGACAUCCGGGCGUUGCAAGAGCUUCUGCCACUUCGGGAGGCCCGCACCGAGGCCCGCUGCGUGGUGAUUGGGGAGGCCGCACCGCGCGGCGAAGAGGAGAAGGCUGCCUUGGUGAAAAGGCUCUUGGCGGCCAAACGUUUUUCAGGGAAGACCUUUGAUGAGAUCGCCAAAGAGCUGGGAUAUACCAACGCCUAUACCGCAAAUCUCUUCUUCAACCAAGCACAGUUGAAAGAGCGCUCUGCGGAAAAGCUGAAGGAGUGGGAAGGACUUGCAAUGCUGAACCGCCGCGACAUAGAGAUGAUGAAACAGCCGCCGACGCGGAGCUUUGAUCCUGCUAUUCUGCAGGUGGCUCACGACGACGACGACGACGAAAAGAUGCCCAGACCCAAAGUCUUUGGGGCGCCCCUAGAAGGUUUGGUCAGUGUUUCUAUCAGGUUUGAUUCUGUCCUAUUUCGAUUCAUAGGUUGUGAACCCUAAAACAGACUAAAACACAACGAGGUUGUAUCCUAGACCUCCACCGCUGAUCUUCUCAUCGCUUUUUGGCCAAUUCGACCGGGACCCCGUCCACUAGCGAUGGGAGAACAAAUACAUCAAAAGCCAAUCCUUCUCCAACAUCUUCGACGUUUCUCCCGUCGAUUGGAUUCACUGUUUGGCGCUGGUCACACACUCCCAGUGAGCUGGUGAACCCAUCUGAUCGCCUCGCCACGUGGUGCGACGUUCCAGUUUAGCUCUUGAUGGGCGGGGUAACAAGAGUGGACUUGUUGGCUGGUUCCAGAGAUGGAUCGAAGCUGCAGUUGUUGGCUGGUCACGUCAAACUGUAAGCGAAGUGAGAAAAAGAUGGGAAGGGAGCUUUGGGAAGAGUGGAGUCGGUGAAGCUGUUUUUCGCACAAUCCAGAUGAUGCCGUUCAGCUUUGACCCUUCAAACGGGGUGGCAUUUUUCGGAUCGAGGCCCUGCUGCACUGCUGUGGUCAGUCCGUGUCCGGUCCUUUUUGGGCGACCCAUCGGGCCGCGCUUCUAGUGGAGAGAGGUUGCCAAAGUCACACUCCCCGGAGCCACCGUUGACGUGGAGUCGUCUCCCAAAGACUCGGACGACCAAUGGCCGGCUGACCAAUGGCCUGUGGUUUUCACUCCGGCCCCCAACAAACCUCCGGAAACCUCCGGGAGGGUCUGGGGCAUGUGGGCGUUUCCCUUGUUGAAGCCGAAUCAGACGGGGCGGUGUCCGCCGUGUGGCGGUGAAACGGGCGCAGGAACCCAACGUCUACCGCCUCUACGAGGCGAUCAUGCACUACGGCGAAGCCAUCAAGGCGCCGAGCCCUCAAGAGUGACUGAGCUGCGGAUGACCUCCGGCACCGCGGAUGACCUUUUUGGCUGCGGACACAAGAUCUGCAGCAGCUGCAGAGUCGCGGCACGCCCAAACACAUGCGGAGAAAGGAUGGACAUGGAUGGAAUGGCUUGGGUGAGAAGUCUUCCUUUUCGAUCCACAGUGGCGUUCUAGUGGGGGCUGCGGAGCCUCACUUCUCGUGCGUGGAAGAAGAAAGCUCCCCUCGAAGUCUCAAAAAGAAGACGAGAUGAACGGUUUCGCGAGACCCUGGCCCCUUGAAACACCACCCACUCCGAGUCCAUGGCGCAUGUUCUUUCUCGAAGAUGCCUGCCCCGAAGCAGUUCAUGCUUCUGACCCCGCUUUGGAGCAGGUCCACCUGCUUGGAGCAGAAGGAAUAAAAACCCGAGGGCAGAUGCAU